CACAAAUAAACCAUUGCCGUGUAGAGAUCUUAUUGGACUGGCAGCAACUCCCAAAGCUAAAUAAUAUGGUGGUGUUGCUCCACAGCAAGUGCCUUCUUGGACAAAGUGGACAAGCACAUGGUAAAGGAAGGCUUUUGCGUUUCCCCAUCACCCCAAUUGGCUCUAUAUAGCUUGCACUCUUCGUGGCUCUUGUUCUUUUGGCAUAGCAGAGCCUGCAAAAAUCCAUCUUCCUCCUUGUGUUGCCCACAUACAGGUGCAGGGUGGUGGGGAUCAAGAGAAGGCAUAAGGGAUGGAGCUGUGGAAGCUAUUGCUUGCUUGGAUGGGAUUAGCGUUGAUGCUGAGGACUGGAGAAGCUCAACUGAAUCCCAACUUCUAUCAGGUUUCAUGCCCCAAUGUGGAGUCGAUUGUUAGGCGGGCUGUUCUGAAGAAGCUGAAUCAGACAAUCGUCACGGUGCCGGCGACCCUCCGUCUCUUCUUCCAUGAUUGUUUCGUUGAGGGUUGCGACGCGUCGGUCAUUAUAGCCUCACCCAGAGGCGACGCCGAGAAGGACGCGCCCGACAACCUCUCGCUCGCCGGCGACGGGUUCGACACCGUCAUCAAGGCCAAGCAGGCGGUGGAAGCGCAAUGCCCGGGUGUUGUAUCCUGUGCUGAUAUCCUCGCCAUUGCCGCCAGAGACGUCGUCGUCCUCUCCGGCGGUCCGACCUUCGCCGUGGAGCUGGGUAGGCGCGACGGGGUCACGUCGCGAGCUGAUCGAGUAACCGGCAACCUCCCUGGCCCCGAAUUCAGCGUCGACCUCCUCUCCUCCAUGUUCCGCAAGAACAACCUCACCACGAGAGACAUGAUCGCCCUCUCCGGUGCUCACACCGUCGGCUUCUCCCACUGCAACCGCUUCGCGGACCGCCUCUACUCCUUCAACUCCACAUCAGCCGUCGACCCGUCGCUGAACCCAGCGUACGCCAACGCGCUGAUGCGGGCCUGCCCGCGCAACGUCGACCCGACCAUAGCCGUCAACAUGGACCUCAAUACUCCCGUCACCUUCGACAACGUGUACUACAAGAACUUACUGAACGGGGAAGGCCUCUUCACCUCCGACCAGGUGCUGUUCACCGACCAGCGAUCGAGGCCAGUCGUGAAGAAGUUUGCGGCGGACCAGAACAGCUUCUUCAAGGCCUUCGCCAGGUCGAUGAUCAGGCUGGGGAGGCUCGGGGUGAAGACGGGAUCGCAAGGAGAGAUCAGGAGGGACUGCACGGCCUUCAACUGACGGCAAUUCGCCGCACAGCACCAGCCGAUGAGGCCAAAUUGGAUCUGAACUUGUCAAUACAUUUUUGUCACAGCUGCUGCUUGGAAUCUGCAAUGGGCAGCAACAACAGAGAAUAACAUGAUUACAUUCAUGUCGUCGUUUCUAAUCGAAUAUAGUCGAUCACAUUGUGUUGA